GGAUGGGCUGGGCAGGGCAGCGGGCGGCGGCCCCGGGAGCCUCUGCCGUGCGGAGAUCGGACAAAGGCUUCCAGGAGAGGGAGUGGCAAGCGGCCGCCCAGCCCUCGGCGGGCUGCGGGCGGGUCGGUGCGCCGGGACGGGGGGAGAGCAGACGAGACAACUUCCCCAGGGGCACGGGGGCCCCUGGAGGGCGGCAGCAGCUCCUGUCGAAAGGAAGGGGCUCUCCCGUGCCACUGGCCGCUCCCCCGAAGAUGGAAGUCAGGCAUGACUGGCUCUCCUCAUCCCCUCAUGAGGGCUUCGAGCAGAUGAGGCUGAAGAGCAGACCCAGGGAGCCUUCCCCAAGCCUCACCAGAGUAGGUGCGAACUUCUACAGCACUGUCAAGCAGCAGGACUACAGUGCCAGUGUCUGGCUGAGGAGGAAAGACAAACUGGAGCACUCCCAGCAAAGAUGCAUUGUGAUCUUUGCACUGGUAUGCUGCUUUGCAAUUCUGGUUGCACUGAUAUUUUCGGCAGUGGAUAUUAUGGGAGAAGAUGAGGAUGGACUCUCAGAAAAGAACUGUCAAAAUAACUGUCGGGUUGCUCUUGUGGAAAAUAUUCCUGAAGGGAUCAACUAUUCAGACAGUGCACCAUCCCAUUUGUCUCUUUUCCAAGGCUGGAUGAAUUUGCUUAAUAUGGCUGAAAAGUCUGUUGACAUAGUAUCUUCCCAGUGGGACCUCAAUCACAGUCAUCCAUCAGCAUGCCAGGGUCAACGUCUUUUUGAAAAAUUGCUUGAACUGGCGUCCCGAAAUAUUGAGAUAAAACUAGUGAGUGAUAAACUGCCCGUGGAAUCAAAGGUAUUAAACGACUUGAAAACAAAGGGUGCUGAAGUGUUGUAUAUGAACAUGUCAGCAUAUAAUGAAGGUCGGCUUCAGUCAUCCUUCUGGAUUGUUGAUAAACAGCACGUGUACAUUGGAAGUGCCAGCCUAGACUGGAGAUCGCUGGGACAGAUGAAGGAACUUGGUGUCAUCGUAUACAACUGUAGCUGCCUGGUCCUGGAUUUACAAAGGAUAUUUGCCCUGUAUAGCUCAUUAAGGUACAAGAAUAAAAUACCUCCGAGUUGGUCUAAGAGACUCUAUGGAGUGUACGAUACUCAAAACAAACUGACACUGCAGCUGAACGAGACAAAGUCAGAGGCUUUUGUGUCGAACUCACCUAAACUCUUCUGCCCAAAGGACAGAGUCCUGGAUAUUGAAGCUAUCUACAGUGUUAUUGAUGAUGCCAAACAGUUUGUGUACAUUGCUGUCAUGGACUACUUGCCCAUUGUCAUCGACACCAACGCUAAACGGUACUGGCCAUAUUUAGAUGGGAAGAUAAGAGAAGCAUUAGUUUUACGAAGUAUUAAAGUACGACUUCUCAUAAGUUUCUCAAGAGACACAGAUCCCCUUACUUUUAACUUUGUUUCAUCUCUGAAAGCUAUUUGCACUGAAGUUCCAAGCUGUAGUUUGAAAGUUAAAUUCUUUGACCUUGAGGAAGAGAGUGCCUGCUUUCUUAAAGAACAGAAGAACACUUCUUUUCCUAAAUUGAAUCGUAACAAAUACAUGGUGACUGAUGGAGCUGCGUAUAUUGGUAAUUUUGAUUGGGUAGGAAAUGCUUUUACGCAGAAUGCCGGAGCUGGCCUUGUUAUCAACCAAGCAGACGCGGGGAACAGCACAAGCAUCAUUAAGCAACUCAAGGCUGUUUUUGAAAGGGACUGGUAUUCACAUUAUGCCAAAAGUUUACAGCCAACAAAAAUCCCAAACUGCUUUAACCACAAACUCAAUAAAGGAACUUCAAAUAAGACUGCCAUGAGCAAUGUGAAUUAGAAAGACUAUUUUACCUUUUAGUAUGGCAAUGAAGAAUUAUGUUGGGGUGUAGCCUUCUUUCAUAUUUACAGACAAAAGACUUAAAGAAAAAGCAAAAAAAAAGUUUGGUUGGGGGGGUGUUUUUAGGAAAAAGCACACUUAUAUUAAAUCUGUCUAACCUAUAUUCUCUAUAUGAAUUAUUUAGACUUUCAAAGACUUUGUUACUUCUGACACUGAAUGUCAUUUCCGCUUCCAUGUGAAUUUUAAUGUUCCACAUUUGAAUUUAUCAGCAUGUGUCAAUGUUUCUGUUUUAGGACUUUCCCCAGUUGCCAAUCUGGCUAAAACAAACCUUGAGGCAAAAUGAAGAUUCUAAGAUCAGUUAUUAUUGACAUACAAAUAGAUGGUAGGUUUACUGUAGUAGAAAAUGUAAAGGAAUAAGUAAAGUGUCACCCAUAUAAAUAAUUCCCUUUGAAUAACUACCCUGUCAUAAAAAAUACUUCCUGGUUUUGAGCAUUUACUUUGACUAUCAGUAUUCAAUGUCUUCUAACUAGCCUUAAAAUGCAUUGGAGUUACAGGACUGGUAAUUCAUGAGAAGUUUUUGAGGGCUUGGGGUUGGCCUCAUCAAGUUUGUCAUAUUCCCUAAAGCCUCUCAAAUUUUUUAUCAAAUUACUGUGGAUUCCUUUCAACAGAAUAGUUAUUUCCAAUUACAUGCAUUUCAUCUAACAGUGAAAAUCUCUGGGUUAAUAGCUAAAACCUAGGACUAAUUUUUUUUAAUGUUUUUGUAAUCUCAAGAAAAUAUCUUCCCCAAGUUAAGUAUUUAUCACGUGUGAGUCAGCAGGUAUGUGGUGACUCAUUAUUAAACCAAUGCACAUCUCAAAAUCAAAUACUGAUUUUUAGAAAGGCCAAGGGUUAUGCAAAAUUAUGCAAUAAUUGUUGUUAAAUGAUCAUACAGAAAUUUUGUUGGUUUUUACACUUGAAGAAUUUGCUUUCCUAUCUUCUGUUUUAAAAAGGAAUAAAAAUUUGGAAGUGACAUUUUUUUGUUAAAAUCUCAUCCACAUAGGUAAAUACACCUGCAUGAACAGAAAAGUGAUGCCUUCAUUUAGACCACAGUUUUGGUUGUGUCAAAAGUGUGCCUCUACAAUCACAACUAAAUUCCACCAAGAGCAACUGUUCUAUGAAAGUAUGAGUUUGCUCUUAGGAGAAAUACACACAAAUAUUUGACAACAGAUUUUUCUCCAGUCAGAGAUGUAAUAGCAUAGUUUCAUAAUAAAAAUCUCACUACUCUGCCUCUGCUUUCACUGAAGAAACACAACCUUGAAAGCAAAGUGCAUUUUUCAUUUUGUUAAAUAUCACAGAACCUUUUCCAAAAUAAUGACUUCUCAUCUCCUGAAGGGACACUUCAAAAGCAGAGGGCAAAAAGAGAAAGAAACCCGACCAUGUUCCAAUGUAUUCAUUAAAUCUUAAGAAGAUGUUAAAACCCCACUUUGACUUUCAAAACAUACCUUACACUUGUAAGGUAAAAAAUUUUAAUUUAUUUUACAGUGAGCACAUCUUAGAAAAUUUUAAUAAAUUAACAUAUGCACAACUUCCUAAUUGUCAGCUAGAGAUACCCCACAAGACUAAUUGUGAUCCCAAAAGGCACACUUUUGACAAGGAAUCUUUGUUUAUUUUGCAAUUGCAAAGAUUUACAUAAUCUUAUUGAAAAUAAUGAUAAAUCAAAAAAACUUUUAAGACUGUCAGCUUUUACAGAAAAUAUUUUGCACAGCUCCAAUAGUCAAUAACAUUUUCUGAUAUUCAGAUAAACACAUGCCAUGUAUUAGUCUCACACACACAGAGAAAAGCAUAUAGUCUGACAUACUGAUAAGAAACAAGUAUUUAAAAAGAAAAAAGUUUCCUGAGUUGAUGUGAGGAAAGAUCUGAGGAUAAAUUCCUGGAUUUUCUUCUUUCUGUAUGUAAUUUAGAAUAUAUAUAAUAUGUAUGGAAGAGGGAAUCCCAGCACUUAACUUACUUGUUGUGGAUUUUUUGUUCUGUUUAAGAAAUGACUAUUAGUCCAGAUUAAUUUCUGGUGAAAAUUUCAGCUGUGUUAUACCACCAAUAACUCUAGUCUUGUGAGUCAAAAACCCACAAAAUGAACAAACAAAAAGUCCACCACAUUUUUAAAAUCUGGUUGAGAUAGUUGCACGGUUUCUGAGGUCCUCAUGGAUGGGUGAUCUUAAAAUUUGAGAUAAACUUAAUACCAUGUCCUUAUAUAAAACACAAAAUAAUUCAUGCAAACAAAAAACACAAACAAACCCCACUGCCUGGAGUUGUUAGCACCUAAUGGCAAUAAUAUACAGCAAUUAAUCAAGGUAGGAUUUUUUCCCCUUUUGCAUUAUGGAUACUGCAAAUGUGUUAAGUUUUUUUAAUUACAUCUUGUAUAAAUAACGGAGGAUCUGAGUGGAACAUAAAUUUGUCAGAUGAUAAAGCUAAGCUAUUUACAAAGCAGGAUUUAUUGAUAAAAUCAGACUGACCAUUGAUUUACUAUAACAAAUGAAUGGUAAAAUAGUUUUAUUGGACAGAUCCUAGAAAAAUGCAGAUCAUGAAGAUCAUAACAAGAUCUGUUAGUUUGCAAAUAUUUUCUUAUUGGCUAGAUAAACAGAUUCUUGGUGCUUCAAUGAUGGCCCUCAAAGAACAGGUACAUAAAAAUAUUUUUAAAAAGUGACAGUAUGUUUUUGUUUUAUGAAUGGAAGAAUUUGGGUGGUUUUGAACAACUUUCAAUGUGAAAUGCUGGCCAGCCAUCAUAUAAAUAGAAUGGUAGACUGAAAUUUCAUUUGGUAUAAAGUAUGGAUCAAUACUGUAAUAACUGUUUAGAAUGGCGUCAGCUCCACAGUAGUGCAUAAGGCCUUGAUCUAUUGCAUUAGCUGAAAGACAAAGUGCAUCCUUGGACUUCAGCAAAUAGGAAAUUUAAAAUACAAGAUUAUAUUUUGAAGCUGUCUAAGGGGAUUAUUGCCAAUUAUUUGGCCUGGGCCAGCGCUGUUACUGUUUAAUGAGAUUUGCUAAAACAGCCUCAGUUUUGGCUUCAGAUCCUUCUAUCACUGUAAUAAAUCAGAAGCAAAUCCAUUGCAGUGAUUUCAUACUAGUUUAAUCUAAACUGGUUUUCUCUUGCUUCCAAUCUCCUGAGUAUCACCACUGCACAGGCUAUUUCCUAAUUUAACAGGGAUUUGCAUUCAGAGGUUUCUCACAGACCUCACAGGCAUAACCCAAAAGAUGCACUUUCUCUAGGCCCUUCUAACUGGCAUUGGUAACUCUGUCACAUUAAAGGCAAUUUCCUAAACAGAACAGUUUUAUUCUUAAAGAAUACAGACUGUAAUUGUUGUUUGCUGCAAACAUUUACUAGUGCCUUAUUCAUACAAGUUUUUGUUUAACACUUCCUCACAUGAAGUCCUGCUAAAGAUCCUGUAUCUAGUACUGAGGCAUAGAGCGAACUUCCUAAGUAAGAAGACGUUGUGAUGUUUACAGUUUAGUACCUAAAACUAGAGUCACAAAAAGACAAAAACUGACUGGAAGAUGUUGGUCCAAACCACAAGCACAUCUGAACUGAAGCAUUUUUAUCCAAUCCCAGUUCAAGAACUAAAUUUCACUAUUUACUCCUGGCUUCAUUAUCAAAUAAUCUACAAUUCAGUUGAAUUACUCAGUUGAAUUAUUCUAGUUGAAUUAUUAUUAUGCCAAGGUAUAAAAUCUGAAUUCCCCCAACAUCUGGCUGCUAUCAAAACCAUAAUCACAGAAAUUCCUGUAAGCACAGGUUGAAAUCCAAAUAUCAUACAGUGGCUACUUUCCAGAUCUCUCAUGUUAAGUCUCAAGUUGUUUUUCGCCAGCUACUUUAUCUUCCUGAAGCAUGAACUAGCACAACUACUCUCACCUCUUUGAAGACCAGAAAGGCACAGAUUAUGUGCUACAGCACAAUGGCUGUAGCUGUACCCUAACAGGAACAGAUUUAGGUUUACCCAACACAGGUCCAGGCGUUUGUUCCAGUAAAUCCAGGCUGUGCUGCUGGUUCAGAAAACAGCUUGAGAAACAAGUAGAAAAGCCUACAAAUGUUAUUCUUAAGACCUAUCCAUUAUUUUAUAUACUACCAGCUUCCUAAAUUGUACUACUUUGUUGAGAUUUGCACACUUAAAAACUGAACAAAUAAGUUCUGUUACCUACCAGUUAACUCUAAUCUAAGAAAAAAAAAUCCAGAAAAUUUAUAGGUUUUUUUGUGACUUUAGUGUGUACUUAACUGGAAAGAGUGUAUGCACUCUCAUCAAGAUGGUGACGACAUCAGCUGGCUAUUCCAGUUCUUCAGUUUGAAGUUCUAAAUAUCCCUGUCUCAGAUAAUUAUACACUUGACUCCUGAGAAUGGCUUAUAGAGUGCACUAAGUUAUCUUAAAACCUUUCUGGUCUUCAAAAGUAACUCUUCAUUUUAAUCCAAUUUAUUGACUAAAUAUUUAGUAUGUUUCCAGAUGGUAGUUUCUGGUGCUGUGUUUUUCUUCCACUCUUAUCCUUUCUCUAUCUACAUCUGCCUACCAUAUAUUCAUGGUUUUUCAGUCAUCAUUAUUCCAAUGCAAUCUAUUGUAAAGUAACCAGAAUGAAUCCUUGGUGUGUUUAAAAUCCACAAUGAUGCCUCCCGAGUUGAAGGUACCAGUGAACAUGCUCCACUUCUAACACUGCAAGGUAUAGCAGCUCAACUAGGAGCUCUGUAGGAGAGUGCUUUUCUUAGCUGUAGUUUUUAAUUACUGCUGGAUGUUACUUAUUUCUCAGUAUUGAAUCAGGUUGCUCUUGGAUCAUCACUUUGCACAAAUGCCUUAGAAGCUUGCCAAACUAGCAUGUAAGAGACCUCAUUCAAAAUAGUUUAGACAAGAAGAUAAGAACUUGUGUGCUUUACACUCUGAAGGGUGAGAAGUCAAUGGAUAAAUUCCAGUCCUAUAAUAAAGUAGAGCUUUCUAUUGUACCUCCUGUUGAGAUUAACUCUGCAUGGGCUUCCAAGAAAAGUCUGUGAGAAUUGUUUGUUUGAAUUACCUUGCGAUCAGGAAUUUACAGAGAAUCUGAAUGAAGAAUCCAGCUGUACUGAGUGGUUCAACACAGUAACUUAAACUGGGUUUUCAUGAAAAGCACACUUAUAUUCCAUAUCCAUGAUACAACUGCAUUAAUGUUAAUGUCAGGUUUUCCUCACAGUUCAAGAGCAUGUAGGACAAAUAUCAAGCUACUGCAGCCUAUUUCUGAAAACAUUGUUAAAAACAGAUUUUAAGAGCGUAAUUCAAUUCUGGCUGCAAAUUAUUCUGCUGUAGUAAUGUAAUCAGCUCUAUUUUUUUCACAACUAACUCUACACUGUGAUUUUAUGGAAGAUUCAAUAACUUUUUAACCCCGCAAAAUAACCAUGAUCAUUCUCCCUUUAAGAAUAGAAAGACGGUUGAUGGCCAAUCCAGGCUACAGAACAUAACAAAAUAUAAAAAUAUGGCUGGCAAAUGCAGCAUUCCAGAGGAUUAUUUUGUAUUAUUUUAUGUUGCAUGGCCACAAACAUGAACAAUAUUAAUUACAUGUAUCACAACAGUGUUGUGUGAACACCUGGUGGACAUUGAAGCUCAUACAGCAAAAUCCAUCCCUCUUGUAACAGCAUAAAAUAUAGUAAGGAUAGAGAGGAAAUGGCAAAAAGAGCCAGAGGCAAACUUGGAUCAGCUUGAGUUAAUGGACUGGAUGCCAACAUAAAAACUCUGGACUGCAUUUUUAUUUUGUUCCUUUCUCUGCAAAAUCCUGUGUUUCUUACGCAUCUUCCUUGCUCAUCUUUAUAAGAGUGAACUCCCAUGAUUUUUUUCAGAACAAGGAAGGAACUUUUAACAACUUUGAACUUAUGCUUAACAGAAAGAAAUCAGCAUGAAUAAAAGCCCAUUGAUUUCUGUUUUGCAGGUACCAAGUAGUAAAGCACUAUUUGAAAUGGGACUCCUCAUUGGAUAUUAGAAGUUUCUAGUGUAAUACAAAAAUUGACAACAUAGCAUGUGCCUGCAAAUUUCACAUCACACACAGCAUUUGCUUGCUCUCUCAAUGUACAAAUGCAGUCAUCAGACAGAUACCAUUCUGAAUUUCAGAUUAACUGGUGAAAACUAAGCACAAGUAUCAGGCAAUCCAGCUUGACACACUCAAAUGAAGAAAAGGAAUCUUCCAGAAGAGCUAACUGUAUAAAGUUUAUAAGUCACUUAGAAGCUAGAAUUAUUUUCAAAUGUAAUUUUGAGGAACUUAAUGGAGGUUAAAUGGGGCAGGAAUCUUUCUGUUAAAGGCAUGCGCUGUUAUAUGUAGUGUCUAAGCAAAACAGCAUAUAAAAUGUAAAAUGAGAAGCUCUUCAGAUGGAAGUACGUAGACCAACAUUUUAUUGACUGACCUGCUAACAAAUACUUUCUAGUGGAUUUGCUCAAUGUUGAAUUACUUCACAAUAAUCUCUUAAAUUACUCUGCAAGUAUUCCUUAUUUGUAUUUCUUCAAGUGACACUGUACCUGUAUUCAGUGUUUUACUUGAAACUUGACAAAAAAGCAGGAUACUUCUGGAAGUGAUAGCUGCUUCUUUCAAAAGGUCAGAGGACUUCCUCUCACCUAACUUGUCUUCUUAUUGUGUCCUACUUCUUCAGCAACCCAGUCCAGGCUUACAUUUGUCAUUGCCUGAGGAGCAAAGAAAAUGAAGCAUUUUUAGUCAUUUGCUGUUUCUGAAAACUGCUGGCUGUUCACCAUGUUCUUGCCCUUUGAGAGAUCCCCCAUCUAAUGAGAUACUAAAAGUAUAAUUAAGAAGGCCAAGCACAUAAUUCCAGGUGCCUCACAUAAUUCUUUACCUGGAAAGACACAUAUGCAAGAUCUGGAAAAAGAGAUGGAGGGCAGGGGUGGGGAGAAUGCUUGACAAGCUUUUAAUGAGGUGUAGGUUCUUCUGAUUAUAUAAAUACCACUUCUGGUGAACUUACUUUGUUCUAGAGUAAACCAUUCUUUACCACACAGCCAGAUUUGCAAUGACUGAAAUGUGUGACUAACUUCAGUAUGUAAAGGUGAGAGGUCAAACAUCCCCACGUCUUCAUGAAUUGAACUAAUUUCUUCACUAUGUAAGUGAGGUAGAAGAGGAAGCAGGUAACAUUGCAUCCUCUUCUGAGGGAAUAGGCCAGGUUGCUACUAGAAAUAGAGCUGAUACGGUUUUGAAAAGAAGCAAAGAUCUUAUGCAUCUGACUUCUAUUAAUUCUCACAAGAUGGUGCAUCUCUGUGGGAACUUGGGUCUCACAGUUUUUGUGCCAAUUUAUUUGUGGCAAACUGUCAGACUUCUCAGGAGAGCUCCUUUUCCUCCUCUCACUAUGCUCAAGACAGUUGUGACAUCUGCUUUUAACAAUCUCCAGAUUCUUCAAAGACAUUUCUAAACCAGACUGUAAGAAUUUUCCCUGUGAAAAGGCAAAAUGAAGGGCAGGUUCAGUGAGGAAUCCAGAGAACCUGGUACAAAUAUUAAAAUACAUAAGAAGUCGGGAUUAAAACCGCAGGGUAUUCUCAUUUUUGCCAACGAAUGAGACUUGGGCAAAUAAAUGAGAGGCCAGUGCAGUACCUCAGAAUAAUGAGACUGGAAUUUAUAAACCAAAACUCUUACUUUUGUGGACAGUCCCCACAUCUGAACUGCUGCUCUCAUUGUGCAGAGAUGCAGUGAAGAAUCAGAGAACAUCUUUGAUAUGCUGUACAAAGGUUUCGGCAUUCAUUGUUCUAUGACCAUUUCUCAAUGUAUACAGCUUAAAAGGUAGGCUGAAAAAUAGGGUUCUGUGUAUAUUUAUACAGAUCUUACUGCCAAAUAAUCACUGAAAACGAGUCUCUUCUCACAGCAGUUGUGUUUUCAGAUUUGACCACAGAGAUCUUACUGAACAAGUCUGGAGAAAGGCAGAAAAGCAACAUCUGUGGCAGCAAGUAAGCCAACCAAAAAAAGCUGCAUGGCCAUUUUUCAAGUGCUAGUUGAUACAAUAAAAGCAUUCAAAUGUCCCCAUCCAGCACAGAUUCCAAAUGUCCUUGUAUCAGAUUCCAAAUACGGACUUGAGGCUCCUCUCACACAUACACACAGGGACAUGUCCCAAAGGGAAAAAUGAGUAUCUUUGCCAGAAGAGCUUGGAACAUCUCUAGCACAAUUACUUGUUCCAUUGCUGUUCUACUCUUAAAUAAGGCUGACAGGAAAUAGUACAGCUUUCUGGAAAGGGCCACAUAUCCUUUACUAGAAAAUGCAAAUAUGCACACAAAGAGACUCAGAAUAAUGAGUUACCAAAGUGGACUCCUGGCUGCAGCACAGAGGGACAUCGCUGUCACCAUUUCUGAUAACCACACCAAAACCAUCUACUCACCUUAUCUUUCCCACACUGCAUGUGGGCCAAAGCUCACUUUUUAAAAAAACAAAGGGUAGUGUUUCUCUCUGAAUGAAACAUUCCAGAGAGGAUUAUACCUUUCUUUUUUUUUUUUUUUAGAGAGAGAACAGCAAUCACUGCCCCACUUUUCUUCCCUUUCCACAUUCCACUUUGCAAAUUAGCAAAUGUUUCCACCAUCUCCGCCUCAUCUUUUUCCUUUUCAAGCUAUUUCCUGAGUGCUGUUUCUGAACCCCUUGCUGCUGCUUUGUACACAAGGAUGAAUUCCUACAACUUGCAUUGUUGGUGCUGUAACAUCCUACAAGGUUACUUCCACUAGCUUUACCUGAAGUGCUCAGAAGAAGGAAGUGCUUGCACACAAUGUUUAAAGACACACAAAUUACUAUGUAUGAGGACAAGGGAAGUCAGGGCAAAAGUAGAAUGCAGGCACCACUAGAAAAAUAACUGGACAGGGAAGGGGUCUAAAGUCAUACUCAAUCCAAUUUCACCUUGGCACACCCAAAACCUGUAUCAGAAUCUAGAGCUCAAUUUUACAAACCUUGCACAACUAACAAAAGCCUUGCCUCCAGGAAUUCUGUUUGCUGCUGGUCUGGAGUCACACUCCAGGUUAACCUUCCAAGCUAGGCAAUAACAAGCAAGUCAAAACCACAGACAGCUUCAAGCCACGUAACCUCACCUUUAUCCUCCAGGUGGCAUUUGGCCACAGGGGGUUCUAACCUGGGUACUUGUCCUCUUGUGACAGUUAAGAUGGUCCAAGCUCACCAUCAUGUACAACACCACCACCUUCAAAAGAGCAAAUGAAGAAAGAAGAUCGCUCUGCAAACAUAUUUUAAAUCUCCAAGUGUGACUUUGGCACUGCAUUGUAUUUCCCAAUACAAUCUAAAAGUAUCAGGAGUCCUGUGUAGAGUUUGCAGAGCAAAAAGGGUAUGUACUAUAUGUUUCCUACUAUACCUCUUCUGAUGGAAUAAGUAUCAAAUAGAAAAAUCUGUCUAAACUUAUUUUGAUAACUGCAUGGCCAGCUUAUGCAGUAGCUAGAUAUGUGGCAAGGUUACAGUAUUACUCUCUAAGGAGAAUACAAUUAAUAUGCGUAGAUAUUUUGUUCAAUUCAAGCACUGUGUAGUCUCCAAGUUCUGCUAUGAGAAGUAUGGAUCACUUCUCAUUAUCCUUCCUACUCCAAACCCAGUAUUUAUCACAGGUGUGUACAAUACAGCGGCAUAGCUUAGGCCUGUUAUAUAGGUCAGCAUCUGCAAUGCACAUGAGAACAUAGUUUGCCACUGCAAAGGAGAGUGGCUGCAAAAUCUAUUUUGGAUAAUCCAAUUUAUAUUUGAGGAAAUCAAUGUGUGGUCAUUUCUAGAACUGUGAAUAUAAGGCAACUGCUGCAUGCUUGUAUAUUUGAUAAGUUUUAUUAUACUAUAUCCUUAUAUGAAUGCCUAUGCAGUGUAAAUGCUUUAAUAUAAGAUACUGAAUGUUUUUUUUACACAUUAUUUUCUAAACAAUGCUACAUUUUACUGCAUGUUUAUUCAUUUUUUUGUGUUGGUACAAAGUGCAAGCUGCAAGACACAUGAUUUUAAUAACUUGCACAGCAGCUAUUCAAAUCCAUUAUAAAAACAUGUUCUUAUGUAAAGACUUAAUUUGGCAAGAAAUGUGCUUCCUUUAGACAAUGGGCUUGGUUCACAGCAAUACCUGUGUACUCAAUAUUUAUUUAUUAAAAAAAAAAGAGAACAACAUUAUCCCUGAAUCUGUAAAUGGGGUCAUUGACUCUGCUGAGCACCACUGUGUUGGUCUGCUUUGGUACCUUUGAAAAUGUAAAUCUGCAUUUGCUAGGAAAAAAGAUGAUGCUGUCCUGAGGCAAGCUGUAAUUGAAAAAGCCCAGUCCUGAGCAGCCAUUGAGUUUGGUGCUGCAGGAUGACAAUGUAGCAAUCUAUUUUUUUUCUUUAAACAAUACAUUCUCAUGACCUUAAUACAAUGAGUUCAUGUUACUUGAUUGUGAACUGGGCCCACUGUUUACAGUAUUACUAUUCCUAACCAAAGUUCAAUGCAAUUUUAAAAAUUGAUCAAAUUCAUUUGUUUGGAAAAAAAGAGAAAAGAGACUGAUUUUGCUGAUGUUUUGGAGAGCUGGUUUGGUACAGAUUGUUCCUUCUGUACCACUGCAUUUUAAAUGUAAGGUAAUCACUGGCUGAAAGUCUGAUGGCUAAGACAGCAUUGUCAGUGGUCAUAUACUGCUGGAAACUAAAUUACCAGUAAUACAACAUAAAUCAAGGUAAUAAUGCAUCUAUUUAAAGAUAUGUAAAUAUUGAUUUUAAUGCUGCAGCAUCACAGAGGUCAUUUUCACUGCUUUGAUAUCCAAGGAUUCCUAGUACUACACAAACGUAUUUUAACUGCUCCAUUUUUUAGUUUCAGUACUUUCAUUCAAAGUAAAAUAACUCCCAUUUCUUUGUACUGCACUGAAAUAAAGAAUCCUGUUUCAGUACAUAA